GUCGCUGUCUGUGCGCUAUCAACAGACACCAGCUAGCAAGGAGGCACGAUCUGUCAUUUUGUUUACUUCCAAGGGAAAACACGGUCAGAACAAUGUCGGAAUUUGACAACAACCCUUUCGUAGAUCCAAUGGAUGUCAACCCUUUCCAGGAUGCCUCAGUCACAGAAGUCACAACUGGUGGGAUUGAACAUGUUGAAGAAUUCAACCCUUUUUCAUCUAAUUUAAUGGGGAGCCAGUCAGGCACCACUAUCCCCAUCUCUGCUGCCUCCUCUCAACCAGCAGUUUUGCAAGCAUCAGUGGAACCUAGUCCGCAGGCUACGGCUGCUGCAGCUCAGGCCAACCUGAUCAGGCAGCAGGAGGAGCUGGAGAGGAAAGCAGCCGAACUGGAUCGCAAAGAAAAGGAGCUGCAGAACAGGAGCCAAGGAGGAUCAGCAGGUGAUCCCGUCAAAGAAAACAAUUGGCCACCACUUCCCAAGUUUUUCCCUUUGAAGCCCUGCUUCUACCAAGAUUUCAAUGAGGACAUCCCUGAGGAAUACCAGAAGAUUUGCAAGAGAAUGUACUACCUAUGGAUGUUUCACAGUGUCACCCUCUUCCUCAAUGUGUUGGCCUGCCUGGCCUAUUUUACCACUGACGCGGGGAAGGGGGUGGACUUUGGUUUGUCCAUCCUUUGGUUUAUCCUCUUCACCCCCGUCUCGCUCAUCUGUUGGUACAGGCCAGUUUACAAAGCCUUCAGGUCGGAUAGUUCCUUCAGCUUUUUUUUCUUCUUCUUCGUCUUUUUCUUCCAAGUGGCGGUUUACAUAAUCCAAAGUGUGGGGAUCCCCAGUUGGGGAAACAGUGGAUGGAUAGCAUCAAUCUCCAUGAUCAGAACUAACGUGGCAGUAGCUGUGGUCAUGAUGGUAGUGGCGGGCUUCUUCACUGUAAACGCUGUUCUCGCAGUCAUCCUGCUGAAAAUGGUCCACUCCAAGUACCGGCGGACAGGGGCCAGCUUCAACAAGGCCCAGCAGGAGUUCUCCCAGGGGGUCUUCACUAAUAGCACCUUCCAGAGUGCAGCAGCUGGCGCAGCCUCCUCUGCCGCCCAGGGCGCCUUCCAGAGAAACUAGGCCAUCAGACCACCAGAGCCAACUCCAAAGUCUUAGUCUUCCUCAUGAAAUUACUUUCUGCUGUGCAUUUAUUGAUGCCAGUCUGGUCAGAUCCCAAUUUCUUUUCCCAGGUCAAAUUCCAAUACCUUACCAUCCCCUCCAAGGUCCAGUUUGUUUAUACAAGUGAUAUGAGAAAUAGCAAUCUGAAUGCAUGGCUUGAACGGAUUGGUGGAUGCAUGCAAGUGUCCCAUAUUGUGUCAUAUUGUACAUCAUCAGGUUUGAAAGAAGGGGAGGAGGCUGUACAAGAAUUUUGGGACUAAUGCAGUGACAGAAAAUUAGUCAGUGACCUCAGAGAACACUGGACUGACUACUAAAUACUCUGGUGUCCUAAUUUAUUAGAGAAAUCAUGAAAGUAACGUGUUCUAUUUGUUUACCUCUGGCACGUAAAGUCUCCUUUCCUGUCAUAUCCCUAGAAUCUUUAUUCUUGAUUUUUAUUAUUAUUUUUCAACGAUUCAAUAAUUAUUAAUGAUUGUUAAUCAAAUCAGGCCAACUAAACACAAUUUGAAUGGCUCUUCUUGAAAUUACCUGUACUAGUUAUAUUUAACUAUAUCCAGACGGGUCUGUUCCUCAGGACACCUGUUUGGAUUUGAGAACUGUACACAAGUAAAACUGUUAGGCCACAGGGAAGGUAGAACCAUGUUACUGAAGGAAUGUUACUGAAGGAAUAACAUAUAGGAUUGUGUAAAGCCCAGUCUUGGACAGGACAGCAAAGGGCUGCCAAUUUACUUAUUUGCAGUUUCCUCUAAUGUUGAUUGAUGAUGGACGUGGUAUGACGUUUUUUUGUUACAUAUUAUAUUUCUAUAAUCACGCAGUUGUACAAUACGUGUAAUUGGAAGAGAUACUAUAAAUGAAGUAUGGAAAUGGCAUUUGUGGAUGCCUAAAGGAAGACUUGUAGUUUACCUGAGAUGACCCACUAAAUCUGGGUUUGAGUAACAAGCUUUUAACCGGUGAAGGUUUUUUGCAAACUGAUUAUUUAUCAAUCAAAUCGCCCAUGUCUUUCUGAAUAUACAUAAAGUUUGCAUUUGUAUCAGUUUAAUCUGGUUAUAUGCAUAAUUUUCUUUUUCUCCAUUUGAAUCACCUUAGAAUUAGUUAACAUGGGUGUUGUGGCAUUAUAGCAAUGGAUUUUGAAUGUAUUUAGUGCAGGAAUGGGUGUUUGUGUGAAUGAGCUGACAGAACAAAUUACUAGAUCAUUUAAUAAUGAUGCAUCUGCCUGAAAGGAUAUCAGAUGUAAGGCAACUGUAUUGUCUGCAGUGUAGAGUUCAACAAAAAUGGCAACGAUCAAAAUACAACUAGUCUUGACUCAAGUAGCAGCGUAGCAGUUGUAUAACCCUGUGUUAUUGAAUGUACGUUUGCCAGACACUGCUCUUCAAGUAAAGCUGAAUACUGUCUCUUUUUAUAUUCAUUGCUAUGUGCCUAUCUGUUACAUCUAGCAGACACUGGCUUAUGUGAAUUUGCAUUUUGUUCACUCAAUUGCUGCAAUCAUGGAUGUUACAAAUCUUUUCUAACCCAGUGAGAAAAGUAUACAAAAUAUGUACAGUCUGCUUUUUGCAUGUACAUUUUGCUGACAUCCUUUUUGUUGUGUUUUUCCUAAGAUGGUUAGAAAUGUACAGGUAUGAUGUUUUUUCUUUCUCCUAAUAAUGUAACUGGGUUUACUGUACUGUAAUUCAUGGGAGUCGUUUUUUAUUAUUGCAAUCUGUCUUGUUUCUCUGUACAUAUUUCUGAAAUGUUAUAAUGCACAUUUGACAGAAGGCUUUUAAAAUAUGUCAUAGAUUCUGAUCUGAUCUAAUAGGGGCUGGCUCUAGUUUUGUUAUAGCUCACCCAAAGAGGUCCUUCUAGAACUGGCCCUGCGUAACUGCGUAAUUUAUAGAUUUAACGUUACCAUCAAGUUCCAUGAAUUGAUUUAUCAUUGUUCAUACUCAUAGUUCUUAAUACAAUUGCAAUUCCAGUCCACACAUCUGAAUGUGAGAUUUUUUUGGUGUGUCAUUGGACCUUAUUUUAACAUUUGAUGGAUGAUGCUGGUCAAAAUGUCAAGUUUUGUGCACCUUAAGUGCCGGGUACAGAUAAAUAAAAGUCAGAAACUCCA